AACCUCAGUCAGUGGAAGUUACCACUGUACCGUUGCCGUGCUCACAUGGUUAGUCUUAAUGAGUUUUCUUGCCACACCAUGAUUGUCUAUCUAUCAGUCUAUAAAAUUUCUAAAAAUGAGUAACGACAUAUAUAUUUAUAUCUAUCCGACAAAUUUUCAUAUCAUAUUAUUCGGAAAACAUCACAUGUCAAUACAAAUUGACCAAAAUCAGUGUUAGACCAAUGUAUCCUUGCUUUUUAAAUUGUAUAUUUUAGUAAAGUAGAUAUAGGAAGACUUAAUCUAUAGUUGAUAUUAACAAAAGUGAUUGAUUUUGAGUAAAUAUUGCGAUAUUUAUCUUAUUGAAGUUCGUGAUUAACUGUGUGAACAGUUAUGAAAAAUAGUAUGCGUGUUUUUUAGGUCACUAGAUGUCUACUAAACGCACACAAGUUGUAAUAAGAGUAGGAGAGCCUUGUUAUUCUACUAUUUCAAUAGUCAUCUGGAGAUAGACAAGACUAAAAUUACUUUUUAACAUUGGUUGAGUUCAAAGUGGUAGCACUUCUGAUUGUACUAAAGUGUAGUGACAACACUCGGUCCCUAUCAGGAGUAUGAAAUUUAGACUAGGGAUAAGAAUUGACUGGAAUUUUACCCAAUCUGCAUUCUUGGUUGAGGAAAGUGAGCAACCUUAAAAAUAUUCAUCUUCUAUGGGUCCACAAAUCUUCGUUGACCGAAUCUCUCCCAAUGAAGAAAGAAGCUCCAAGUGUCACUAUCAAUCAUUAAAUCUAGAUUAUUACAUUUACCUUACAUACAUGUGUUAAAUUAGCUUAUUUGGAUGUUACAUACACAUAUCCUUCAUGUUAGUCGCUUCUUACUCAUCGCUUCUUACCCCAUCAGCCUUCUAUUCCCUUCCUAAUUGUUCUAAUAGUUGUCCGAUUCUGGUUGAUUUUGUUAUAACUGUUUUGAUGUGUGAUGUCUUGGAUCGAUUCCAGGUUCCAUUUUUUAAACUUUAAUUGGGCAUGCCAUCAGGAUUUUAACAAGUAUAAGACUCAGUGCUUUAUAUAUUGCUGGAACUGCAAAAUAGUGAAGGUCGUCUAACCAACUAUUAUGAGUCAGUGUCUUCAAGUUGCUUUCAUGGAGUCAUUUUACAAAACAGUUUAUUUUAGGGUAUUUUGUUACAUAACAGGAAACUUGUUUUCAUCCCACUCUUAUUUUUCGCAGAAUCACUCAGUCAUGGUUAAUGGUGAAAGGAGGACCUCUUCGGUCAUUUUAAUGGACUUCUUUAAUAUGAUUCCGUUCACAGACCGGACCAGCGUUUCUUCAACUUUGACUGAAAUCCGCAACAGCCUGGAUGAUGUAAUUCCAAAUACUAAUCCUAUAGCACCAUUUAUUAGCAAAAUCAGGCAGUUACAGUUAGUUUUCAUGAGAAUUCCCAUGGUAUUAAGAAAACAAAUCAAAUCCCUAUUACUGGAAGGCUUAGAAGCGUCGUCAGAAAUCUCCAACCUACUUCUGUGUAUUUUCACACUGUGUCUAUGUUUAUUGGAACUAAGCGUUCUGAGAAACUGUGAUCGGUCAGAUUUAGAAAGCGAAGAUAUUUGGACAACUAUCAAAGAAUUAAAUCAGUCUAUAUUCCCAAGAUUAUGUGAAAAAAUAAAGCAACAAAAAACGAAUCUUCCUUCACUUUUAUCAUGGUCAUAUUGCAUGUUAGCGUUCACCUUCUAUGCUUGUGCAGAGUGGGUACAUAAUCAAGGUUGUAAACCUUCACCUUCGUUCUGUGUCAAGAAUUCUGUGGACUUAGAUGAAACUAUUUUGGAUCAUCCAACUGUGCCAGAAAUAUUGCGCCAUAUUCUCUAUAAUCAGGCAAAGAAUAGACCUUAUUUUACACCACCUACUUCACGAACGCUAAUAGAUCUUCUAUUUUCAAGUGCAAUAUCUAGCAAUGCAGGAAUUUUAAUGUCUUGCAAGUAUAAAAAAACAUAUGACCUAUCUGACUGCUGUAUUGAAUUUGAUGAACCUCCGGUGCAACCUGUCAAAGUUGAUGAAAUCAAAGUUAAUACUAAAGACAAACCACGUCAAUUGCCUUCAUGUUUUCAAGAUAAUUUGCAAACAGGUUCCUUCAAAAAAAUUUUUUCUAACCUAAGUUUGUUGAAACAACUACUUGGAAAUCCUGACUGCCAAAAUUCUUUACUGGAACCAUUAAUUUUUAGCUUACGACAGUCACCUUUCAUAUUGAAACGCUUGAGAAGUUGCUUGGCAAGUGGUCUAAAACCAAAUGACACUAAUGUCUGCUUAUAUGAGAAAAUUUAUACUUUACUACUGCAACUGUGGUUUCAAGCUGCUAUGGAUCGUACGUUGCUUAAGAAUUUUCCACAAUCAUAUAUAUGGUUGUGUGGUUUCACUUGCCCGAUGUAUGAGGUAAUGAGUAUGACUGGAUUCUAUAAUGCUGUUAUAUGGACUGGGCGUUUUCUGACUGCUUAUGAGAAUAUGUUUAGGUCAUCAAUUUUUAACUCACCGCACUGGUACCUACAAAUGAUUACGGAUGCAGUGAUUGCUAUAAUAGAUCGAUCAGGAAAAGGUAGUCAACAGGAUAUAUCAUCUGAUCAACUGGAUGAAUUGCUUUGUAGUUGUAUGGCUGCAAUUGUCAGACCAUUUCAUGCUCUCAGAAUUGAAGAUCAUGAAGUUUAUGCUGAAAUGUCUCGAGCGAUUAAAGUCCCUUUAGAAUCAAUUGUAUCGCAUCUUUCAAGUUGUUUAGUUAUAAAAGAUAGUUCAAGUACAAAUGUCAAAGAAAAGAAAAGAAAAACGACAGAACCAACAAGUACAACAACUAUAAAUUUUAGAUUAAAAGAUUUCAUAGUUCAUCAUCUUAUAUUUCCAAUGAUCAGAGCAUGUGACAAAUGGGCAAUGGGACAAGCAAAGUUGGGAAUAAAACCACAUUGUGCAAAAGCUCUUCUUAAUCAACUUAUUAUUGACGCUAAAAUUCAAAAUGAAAACUUAGAAGGCCCUCCUCAAAUGGCACAAAAGUUGGAUAUCGUUAGACCACCUGCUGUAGGUGGCUUGCAUGUAGCGGAAAAACUUUCGUUGAAACGAAAACGAUAAGAUUUUUCAUGUACAGCUGUAAAAAAUGUGCUGAUUAAUAAAUUUCUAACUUUUAUAAGAGUAAAAAUGUAUAUACG